AUGAAUAAGAAAUUGUUUAUUCUUUUAAUUUCAGCCCUUCUCUUAGCAACAACUUUUGCUCAAGAGGAAGAGAAAUCUGAUAAAGCUUUCAAAAAUCUUGAAUCUGCCUUAAAAACUAUCAUUGACUAGAAAUCAGCUGUUACAGAUGCUAAGAAUUUAUAGUAAGCUAAUGAAGUUGCUAAAAAAACUUCAGAUGCUAAAUUUUAAGCUUUAGAAGCUGUAGCUGCUGUUAAAAAGGCUGAUGAAGACUAUAAGAAGUUUCUUUAAACUUAAAAAAGCGGUCUUACAUAUUACGAGUCAGAAGUUAUAAAAUCUGAGGAAGCUUUAAAAAUAGCAGAUAAUGAUAAUGAUAGAUAAACAUUAAAGGAUUAAUUGGAAAAUGCUUAGAGGGCUCUCGAAAGUAUUAAAUUAGCAAUUCCAACCUAUACUGAAACUUCUUAAAAGCUUACCGAUGCCUCUACAAAAGCCUAGACUAUUUCUGAAUAGAUUGUAAAAGCUAGUGAUGUAAUUUAGUUGAUUGCAUAAUAAAAAAUAGAAAAGUAUACUGCCGAAGAAGAAGCAAAGAAGGCUGAAGAAGAAGAAGCUAAGAAGGCUGAAGAAGCUAAGAAGGCUGAAGAAGCAAAGAAGGCUGAAGAAGAAGAAGCUAAGAAGGCUGAAGAAGCUAAGAAGGCUGAGGAAGCUAAGAAGGCUGAGGAAGCUAAGAAGGCUGAAGAAGCUAAGAAGGCUGAAGAAGCUAAGAAGGCUGAAGAAGAAGCUAAGAAGGUCGAAGAAGCUAAGAAGGCUGAAGAUGCUAAGAAGGCUGAAGAAGCUAAGAAGGCUGAAGAAGAAGCUAAGAAGGUCGAAGAAGCUAAGAAGGCUGAAGAUGCUAAGAAGGCUGAAGAAGCAAAGAAGGCUGAAGAAACUAAGAAGACAGAAAAUAAGGUUACAGAAUCUAAAGUUAACACUAAUCCUUCUUCUGGCAAGGUUAUCUAAUUCGCUUUAGCUUUUACUGCUAUUUUACUGGCUUUCUGA